AUGACUUCAGAGGCGAAUAAAGAAUUGAAAUUCUGCACAGUUUGCGCAUCGAACAAUAAUCGGUCGAUGGAGAGUCACCGUAUUUUGAAAGAAGCAGGAUACGAUGUGUCAUCGUAUGGCACGGGGUCUGCAGUGAGACUUCCGGGUCUUUCAGAAGAUAAGCCCAAUGUAUACUCGUUUGGUACACCUUAUAACGAUAUCUACAAUGAUCUACGGUCACAGUCAGUAGAACGCUACAAGUCGAAUGGUCUACUCGAAAUGCUGGAUCGAAACCGCAAAUUGAAGCGCGCUCCUGAAAAAUGGCAGGAAGGAAUGAAAGUUUUUGACGUCGUGAUUACCUGUGAAGAAAGAUGUUUCGAUGCGGUGUGCGAAGAUCUGAUGAGCCGUGGCGGCCAACUCAAUAAAAUUGUGCAUGUUUUCAAUAUCAACAUCCGAGACGACAACGAAAAUGCCAAAAUCGGUGGGAGGGCCAUCUUGAAACUCGCCGAUAUGCUCUCCCAAAAGGCUUUGGAGACGGAGAAGUCAAGCGAUCCAUUAGAAGACUGCAUUAUGGGAGUUGUGACCGAGUGGCAAGAUGCACACCCCAAUCUACCGAUUCUGUAUUCACCUGCAUAUUACUAA